CCGCUAUCUUUAGUUUAGUAAUAUUUACAAUAAUAUUUUGAUAAUCGAAUACAUUUUAGUUUAAAUAAACCAUUUUUAACUUUUUUUUUUGUAUACGUUUUGAAAUUUUGAAAUAAACGUUCUUUCUAGGAAAAAUGCAAAAAUACGAAAAACUUGAUAAAAUCGGAGAGGGAACUUACGGUACGGUCUUUAAAGCCAAAAAUCGGGAAACCCUUGAGAUUGUUGCUUUGAAACGCGUAAGACUUGAUGAUGAUGAUGAGGGAGUUCCUUCAUCAGCUCUACGCGAAAUCUGUUUACUGAAAGAGUUGAAACAUAAAAAUAUUGUACGCCUUUAUGAUGUACUUCAUAGUGAUAAAAAAUUGGUACUUGUUUUUGAACACUGUGAUCAAGACUUAAAAAAAUAUUUUGACAGUUUAAAUGGAGAAAUAGAUCCAAAUGUUGUGAAAUCAUUCAUGUAUCAACUAUUGCGGGGAUUAGCCUUUUGCCAUUGCCAUAAUGUUUUACAUCGGGAUCUUAAACCUCAAAAUCUUCUCAUAAAUAAGAAUGGAGAAUUAAAACUAGCUGAUUUUGGUCUUGCUAGAGCAUUUGGUAUACCGGUAAAAUGUUAUUCAGCAGAAGUAGUUACUUUAUGGUACAGACCUCCUGAUGUCUUAUUUGGUGCAAAACUUUAUACAACAUCUAUUGACAUGUGGUCUGCUGGGUGUAUAUUUGCUGAACUAGCUAAUGCCGGACGACCAUUGUUUCCUGGUUCAGAUGUCGAUGAUCAACUAAAAAGAAUUUUCAAACUAUUGGGAACACCUACUGAUGAAACAUGGCCAAAUAUGACAGCUCUGCCAGAUUAUAAACCAAUUCCAAUGUAUCAACCUAAUAUGACACUAGUACAAGUGGUGCCCAAAUCAACAACCAAAAUGCGAGAUUUGUUACAAAGACUCCUUGUAUGCAAUCCUUCCCAUAGAAUAUCAGCUGAGCAAGCAAUGAGCCACAUAUACUUUGCAGACAUUAAUUUGUUACCUAAAUAGUUAAAUGAUCUAAUAGUUAUUAUGUUAUAUAAUCAUUCUUUUAUUUUGAAAUUCAGAAUUCUACUGUAUAUGAAACAAACAUUAUUGAACAUAUGUGCAAUUUAGCAAUUAAAAUUAAUCUAAAAUAAAGUAAGCCCUCCCACCAAAUUUUAUUUUAAGAGCUUAAUUUUUAUAUUUAA